AUGCCCAAGCCCCGGCCCGGCGACGAGCAGCCCCCGCGGGAGGACGGCGGGCCCCGCGGCGAGGAGCAGCCGGCCCCCGCCAGCCCCCCCCACGCUCUCUCCGUGAACGAGCUGCAGCAAAUAACUGAUGACAUUUCCAAACUGACUAUUGUGCACGAAAUUGUACUCAACGGUGACUUCAAACUGCAAGCGGCCAGCUCCUCCCCAAACAGCCUGGAAAACAGAGUGAAGGAGACAUUGCACAAAGCCUUCUGGGACAGCCUGGAGGAACAGCUCUCUGCUAGUCCCCCAGACUACACUCGGGCAAUCCAGCUGCUGCAGGAGAUAAAAGAGGCCCUGCUAUCAUUGCUGCUGCCACGGCACAACCAGCUGCGAAGCCAGAUUGAAGAGGCCCUGGACAUGGAGUUGAUUAGACAGGAGGCUGAGCAUGGGGCUCUGGAUAUCCACGGUCUCACCAUGUACGUCCUUGGCACAAUGGCGAGGCUGUGCGCGCCCACUCGAGAUGAGGAAGUACGAGGGUUGCAAAGCCUCACAGACCCAGCUCAACUUCUCAGGGAGAUUUUCCGGGUGUUGGACCUGAUGAAAAUGGAUAUGCUGAAUUUUACCAUCCAGAGCCUCCGCACCCACUUGCAAGACCAAACCAUCCAGUAUGAACGGAAGAAAUUCCAGGAACUCUUGGAUAAGUUGCCUAGUAGCCUGGAUCGCACAAGAGAGUGGCUGUGCAAAGCAGCAGCAGAAGUAUCUGCGUCCUCUUCGCAGCUGCCACCCCACCCUGCUGCACACUCGCUGGGGGCUGUCAGCAGUAGCACAACUGUGCCAAGUCUCAGGUCCGUGCUAAAUCGAGGAUACAUGAAUCUGCUCUGCUGGGAGCCUGGGCAAAAGGAAUACCCUGAGACACUGUUUAUGGAUCAGGCCCGACUGCAGGAAGUACAAGCGCAGGUGAAUCAGCUUACCAUCAUAGCUGCAGUCCUGCUAGUGACCAGUGGCAUGUGUGGAAGCACCUUAUGUGGCUCACCUGGGUUUGUAGCUAGGCUGAAACGGGUAACAAAGGUCCUCUUGGAAGGGCUGUCUUGUACCAGGUAUGAAGAAGCUUUAGAAGACAUCAGCCACCAAGUGCUCCAGGAAGUCAGCAGGACUCUCUCACAGCUGGGUUACCCUGCUUUUACUGCUGACAAACGUGCUUCCCUGAAAGGCCAGAUAAAAAACAUCGCAGACAAGGGCAACGCAGUCCGGCACGUCAUCGAGCAGCGGAUUCAUUCCUUCCUCAGCCUCUUCAUUUUCCCUGAUGGACAGAAUUCUCAGAAAGAUUUCCCAAAGGGCCUUGAUCCCAUUCAGGAAGAGCUGCUGGAAGUUGGGCACAGGUUUGGAAGCGUGAUCCACCACAACAGGCAGGUGUUUGGACCUUACUACUCAGGAAUUCUCAAGAAGGCGCUUCUCCCAGACGCAGAACCAGACUCAGACGCAGGGAUGGAUUCUUUCUGA